AUGAAUGAAAAAUCAACUAUGAAUUUAGACACGUUGAAAACUCCUCGUCAAGAUGCACAAGGUCGAUGGCAUGAAUUAUUAUCACCAACACAAGUGCUAACAGGACAACAACAACAACAAACACAUAUGGGUGAACAACUUACAAAAAAGAAAAAAAAAUCUCGUGGUAAUCGAAAAGCACAACGUCAACGUCGACGACUUCGUCGAAAAGGUUUAUAUACAGAAACAGGAGCUAGAAAUGGUGAUCACGAACUUAAUGUUCAACACCUGGAACAACAUGAUCAAAUAAUUGAAGAAGAUAUAACAGACAAAAUACAAGUGAAUGUAACAUCCAAUCAAAUUCCUCAUUCGACACAAAGUAAAAUUCAUCACAAUCAUAGUAAAGUGAAAAAAUCAAUCAAACGCAAAAGAAGAGAUAUGUCUUCACAACCACCAUCGAAUACAAUUCAUGAAUCUUUAAGUCAAUUAACAAUUUCUCCACCAUCAGCAAAAAAGCAAAAAAUGAUAAAUAAUGAAGUUCAACAAAUUACUACAAGUGGAAACUCAGAAAAGAAAAGUUCAAAAUGUAAAAAACAAAAUAAUCAUAAUAAUAAUGACUCGGCUUAUGUACCCGAUUAUUUAAAAGUAUCAAAUCGUAUAUUUAAAAAAAUGUUAAUUAGUUCAUUAGACGAUGCUAAAGAUAUUGUUAAAAGAUUAAAUUCUAAAGAAAAAAUUAAUUAUAUUCGUCAAUAUGCUUAUUUAAUUCAUCGUCUUUUUUAUGUACAAUUACAAGAAAGUCAAUGGAAAUAUUACUAUGAUAUUGGUAUACAACAAAAUAUUUGGUCAGGACGUGUAUCAAAAAAAUGGGCGGCGAUGAAUAGUAUGAAUUAUACAUAUGGUCGAUCAAAAAAUUUAAUUGAACAACGACUUAAAAAAAUUGGACGGCAACUACAAGAAGCAUCUGAAGCAUUGCGCAAUUUUGGUCAACAAGCAUUACCUCAAUCUAUAUCAGAAAUGAAUCCUGCAUUAGAUUUUACAAAAUUGAACGCAAUUGUUACCGCUGUUGUGCGUAAAGGUCAACAUAAAUUAAAACAACAAUUUGAACAUAAUAAAAAAAUAUUAAUAUUAGACUCAACUGACCAUCGUUUAGUAAAAAAUGUUUAUGAUUUAAAACCUAAUAAACAACAAAUUCGUUCAAUUCGUAAUAUAUGGAAAGCCUUACAAAAUAAAAAACAAAUGGAAGAACAAAUUCAAAUCUUAAAACAUCGUAUUCAUUCAAAUUGUUUACCACCAGCAUUCAAUCUUCUUGAUUAUUCACUUGAUAGAAUUGAUAAAUUAAUACUUCAUCGAUCGAAACAAUCUUCAACUAAUGAUAAUGAUUGCAAACAACAAACUACAUUAGCUGCUCGACGAUUAAAAAAAAUUGGUCGAUUUAAAUAUGAUUUACUUGAAUUAAGUAUUGCAGCCGGUGAAGAAAAAGUUCGAUAUUAUGAUAAAAUAGCAAAAAAAGAAAAAAAGAAAUUAAUAACUAUUAGUGAUAAACUAAAAAAAAAUAAUACCAAUUCAGAUAUGUUCAAGCAAUUAAUGGAAGCUAUUGAGACACGUCAACAACAUAUGAUCGAACGUGCUGAUUAUAUUACACAACAAAAAAUAAAAUCUUUUUUCGACGAAGCUCCGGCGUCACAAGACGCUACAAUGAACAACGAUGGCGUCGGAGCAAAUUAA